AUGGAACCGAACGUCUGGAGAAACAUCAGCAUACCCGUAGUACAGGAAGAAGACGGUACUGAAAGGCGUAGCCAGUGCCAACGCUUCGAGCCUCCACUGCCCUACGCCGAGUCCUCUGCAGGGCUCCCGGACAACCGGAGCACCGUGCCGUGCGACGCCGGUUGGCAAUACGCGUCCGGCGCCAGCUCGGCUCACCAGCGGUGCAAUGCCAUAUUGGCGGAGUCGCACGGCCACUCUAUCGUCGACGAAUUGGACCUGGUGUGCGGCCGCAGUUGGAUGGUGCCGGCGCUCUCGGCAACGUACGUGGCUGGAGGUGUUGUCGGAGCUCCGCUGGCGGGCAUCGCUGCCGACCGCAUUGGUCGACGUCCCGUGCUCGGCUUCUGGCUCGUGCUGCUCGUAUUCGCCGGCACCGCACUCGUGUUCGCCAACAGCGUGGCGGUGUUCGCCGCGCUCCGGUUCGUGACAUCCGCGGGUGCCGCCGGAGUGUUGGUGGCCUCGCAGGUGUUGCUCUUCGAGGUGACCGACUCGCAACACCGCGUCCUCUUCUGCGCCAUCGCCGUCGCGGCAGCCGCGUUCGUCGCAGCCGUCUACACUGAAGUCGUCUACGUCUUCAUCCGGAACUGGCAUGCUGCCCAGGUAGCCUACAUGGUUCCCACGUGUGGUUUGGUGGUCGCGGCUUAUCUAGCAGAGGAGUCGCCCUGCUGGCUCAUGGCCACCUACGAGCUGCGCAACGCCGAGAACGUUCUGUCGCGUGCAGCCGGAGCCAACAGAGUCGAGCCGCCGGUCUUCAGGCGCCGGCUGUCGGCGCUCAGGGACGAGAUGUGCAGGCAGCGCUGUCACUCGGUCACUCAGCAGGAACAGGAACGCGCCAACGUCACAGUCACGGACCCCGAGGGGGUCCGGCUUUCGGACUUGCUUUCCAACCAGCCCCUGCGCCAGCGGUCGGCCAUAAUCUUCGGCUGCUGGUUCCUGGUGUUUGGAACAUUUGCUCACCUCAGCACGGGUCACAUGAUGCGCACCAGCCAAGGCGCCCGCGCCGCCCUCGUGGUCUCGCGUCUGCCCUGCGUCGUGGCGGACGUCUACGUUCUCACGCGCAACAGCCGGCGCCUCUGCCUAGUCUUCAGCAUGCUGUCCCUGGCCAUCGUCAUGGGCGCCCUGUCCCUUGCAGUCUCCUUGGACGCCGCUGACCUCGUCGCCGCCGUUCUAGUCACCUUGGCGUUGCUUAUAUUCGACAUGUCCGCCAUCUCGGCGUUCGUCUUGUCCGCGGAACUCUACCCGACCGUGCUUCGUGGGGCUACGUUCGGAGUCUGCUACAUGAGCGGACGUCUCGGGGCCCUAGUGGCGGUGUUCGUCAACGAGAUCCAGUCGCGGCCGCUACGGGGCGUUGCGUACGCUGUCGUGGCCGCCAUGUUGCUCCUGGUUGGCAUGAUGGCGCUCGCGCUGCCCGAGACCAAGCAUACGCCGCCUUCGAACGUGGUUCACGGCAUUAUGGUCAUGUAG